AUGAAAAUAAGCUCACGCCCCUCGUUGGUGGUGUUUACUGUACCGGAGGCCGAAGAAGCAGCUAUGCUCAGCAAGAAGCGUCGAGCGGCGCGAGCGGUGACGACGCUCAGCAACGCACGAGCAAUGCGGUCCCCAGCUGAAAUAUUCUGCGUAAAUAUUCACUACGAUGCAGAUUAUAAGGCACGGCAGCCCUUUAUGGGGUUUUCUAUGAAAGAAAUGGCCUAA